AUGGGAUCGUGUAUAUCAACAAUUAAGUCGUUGCAAAUACUGAAGGUUUCAGAAGGCAGUGUGUCACACAAGAAUGGAGUUCUUCCGUUCAUACACUCGAUAAUCAGCUUUAAUGGCAAACCCAUUGAGAGCAAGGACGAUGCGCUGGCAAUGAACAAGGAGUGGGAAAGCAAGGCUCUUCAGCUGGAGUUGAUAGACAUGAGAACUAUGGAGACAUCCAUCCUCGAGAUACCAAGGAAAGACAAGAUGAGACUUGGAAUAAGCGUGAAGUUCCACCAGAGCGCAGCCUGUCUUCUUUCGAUGGAAGUUCUGAGGGUGAAUCCCGGGUCUCCUGCGGAGAAGGCCGGAAUGGUUGUUGGAGACUACAUUCUUGGGAUAGAGAACAUCUACUCGAAGGAUGAGGACGACCUGCUAAGGUUUCUCGAGCUGAACAGAAGGCGGACUGUCCCACUUUUGGUUUACAACAAUGACCUUGAAUAUGUGAGGGUGGUUCCACUCCAAGUUGGGAUGGAUGUAUUACUAGGAUGCCAAAUAGGAAUGGGAGAACUCUACAAGGUUCCCUUCAAUUCAAAGCGCGGUAAGAUUGAAUUUAACAACGAGAUCAUUAGGAACGAUGUUAGGAGACUCAGAAGAAAGCUACGUGGAAAGGACAUCAUUAGCAGUAGGCUAAGAGAUGUUAUGAGUGGAAGCGACGGGUGCUCUGAGUCCAUGUCAAGCGCUUGCUGGGAUGUCCAGGAAAAAACUCCCACAUAUGACUUUAUGAGCUCUCAACUGAAAGAGCCACUUCACGAUGAAGUGUCUCGCAGAAGUGUACAGGAUUUGGGAAUGCCCUUUGAAGAUGUGAGCAAUAUCCCUGUGGUACUUCCUUCAAGCUUUACCUAUGAAGCAUCUACAGAUAGGCGGGCAGAGGCAAAAAAGAACGGGGUUCCGAGGGACAUCGUAAGUAUUCUCGAACAAGAGCAAGAUGACCAGUUUGAUUUCGAGAACAGUCUUUCCCUGGUGAGUAGGAACGAAGUUCUGGAAAAUGAGGCUUUUAGGGAGCCAAGCAUCAUGGGGAAGAUUGAAGUCAAGGAGGGUUUGGGAUAUAUGCACAAUGCAGAGGGCAAGAACGAUGAAGGGUCAGAGGCCUUUCUGCUUCCCAUAGAAAAAAGCGAUUCCCACAAGGAUGAGUUUGAUGCAAGGAACUUCUUAUCUAGCCUGAGCCUUUCUUUUUAUGGGACUGAAAACGGAUGCGACUCGGCAGGAUCUCACAAAACCACGGCAACGUCCGAGCACAAGGUAGACGACAAGUGCCCAUUGUGCCUUGAGAACCAUCAAGAAGAGUACAGCGAAUCUCUGGAGCCUUCUGAAGAGUACAAUACUGUGGCUAGCAAGAUACCCACUUCCUCGGGGUUGGAGGUAAGCCACGACACAGAGGCUGAAGAAUAUCGGAGAGGCGGAGAAGACCUAGGAGGAAUAUCUCUGGAUGUCUUCAAUAAUCUCUCGGACGAAAGAAAAGGUAAUAUGCUUCUGGAGCAGCUUAAAAGCGUGGAGGACCUAAGAGGUGUGCGAUCACACUCAGAAGAAGAUAGCUUGGAAACGGAAAUCAUCGGAUCUCCUCCAUAUAGUGAUCCCGGAUCCAUUCUGUGA